GUAUUUAGGAAAGGUGCCCACCAUGGAAAUACCAUGUCUGGUUAUAAAUUCUACAUAUUUGUUCUUCCGGGUUUAGGACUAACUUUUUCGUCGACAUUGUUGGAGCCACUCGAGGCAAUAAACUAGAGGCAACAAAUGGACAAAGUAUGCCGCAUAUAAUAUACAACAUAUGAGCUUGGAUAACAUGGAAAAAGGGCUCUUGUGGAUCACCGCCCUAGUAACCAGUAUUCUAACUAUACGUGGUCAAACGUCAAACGUCACUUACAUGGUGUGUACCAAUAGGACGACAUGGAAGGAUGCUGCCAGUGCCUGUAAUCAACUAAAUGGAACACUGAUUGAUUCGUCUGAGUAUAUCGAGAAUGCCAGCAAUAAAACUUUGUCUGAAAACAACAGUUAUUGGACAAGCUCAUUCUCUUUCCUGACAGAAUGGGUGGAGUUGAAAGGUUGUUUCUACAUCCAAAACUCUACAGCCGUUUGCAUACAGCAUAACGACAACAGUGUAGACAUAGGCUGGUCAUGUUAUGCAUAUUGUGAAAAUUACACAUACUUUGGAAUUAUAGACGACGUGUGCGUGUGUUUUUCUGAAACCCCGUCGAAUAUCAGCAUUCCUUCGUUCAACAAUUGUCCAUCAUGUUCGAAUAGUUCGAGCUUUCAGUGUGGCGUGGAUGGAUACACCGCCUUAUACAAAAUACGGAAGGAUUUUAACAAAACUGAAAUGUGUGCGUCAUACAACUGCCAAGGUAAUGGGAAAAAUGCCUAUUCAUUUGGAUUUACAGGACAGUCAUGUAAAGGUCUAUUAAAAGUGCAGUGUAAUGACGGCCAUGUCAGUAGUAAAUUAACCAGCUGGUUCGAAGCAAGGCAGGUGUGUGAGAAAAGGAAUAGUUUUAUCUUACGGCAUCCUUUAGCUGAAUGUAAAACAAAACCACACAAAAGCAAUCCUAGCUGGGAUAACAUUCAUAGAAACAACGCGUCGUUUACCACAGGAUUUGAAUUGAGAUCUGGGAUACGACUUCACAACAGACAGCUUUUGAAAUGCUCUUUAAUAACCCCUGGCAAUGAUAAACCAGACUAUGACAGAUGUAAUUCCUCCAAGAACGGAUAUAUUUGUAAAAUAGAACAUUCACCUGAUGUGUAUUCACCAGCCAUUUGCACGAUAAAUCAAACGGAACCAGAUGUAUCAACUAUUCCGCCGACUCGUACAACAACUGGUGAACCAACAUCAAGAGAUACUCUCCCUUCAAAUAGUGAGCAAACAACUAUAUCGCAUACAAGCAAAACAAUGGGCAAUAUUACGGAAGCAGACAACAUGGUGCUGUAUAUAGCAAUAGGAGCGGGAGUAGGAGGCUUCAUCUUGAUCGUUUUGAUCGUCAUCAUCAUUUGUACAUGUAGAAAGAGGUCAAACAGGAAAAGAGCAACUGAAAAAGAAAGCAAGGAUAGGCACGACAUUGACCUUGAUGGCGGACAGGUGAAUCAUAUGGAAGCAGCAGAAAGAUACGUCUCAAUGAAGUCAGAGCAAUCAAUAGUAAGAUAUAAAGAUAUAGGAAAAAAUGGCGGAGACUGUUAUGAACAGAUUGUCCUCCCAGACGAGGAACCAAGCGAGGGUUUUCCAAAAGUGCACGGUAUUGUUUGCAAUGGCGACAAAAAACAACGCAAUAAUGAUGUCCCAGAGACAUCAAACGUUGUGGAAGAUAACAAAACUGAGGAUCAUUAUGCUGAACUUGAUAGCGAGUCUCAUCCAAAGGAGAAAAUCCGUAUACAACCAGAAACCAACACAGUAAAAAUCAAUGAUCAAAAAGAAGGAGAAGACGAUUAUGAUCACUUUGGACAGGCAAACAUACGUUCAUCUGUUUCCUCUAAUUAUGAUCACGUCCAUUUGAGAAAUUCAAUAACAACGAAAAAAGAACAUGCAGAUGAUACUGAAGACUACGAUCAUAUUCCAGGAGCAGCAGGAAGACGAAAUGAAGCGGAAGUAGAUUCCACUUACGACCAUGCGCAGAACUUUGAAUUAAGAGAUAGUGCAUCUUCAAACUAUGAUCAUGUGGUUUUGUUGGGAGACCAGGAACACUCUGAUGCAAACAGAGUAUCAGAUGACUACGACCACACGACAAAUGUAAGCAAAGUGGGGACCGAGGACGAGAACAGGGGAAGUAAUUAUACACAGGUGACACUUCCUGAUCCUACCUGAUAUACUACAAUAAGUAAAUACACUGUAAGCUUACCAACAAAUCAUUGAUAUAACCAGCGUUUCGUUAUCUAUUAAAUGAAUUUGAAUUAUUCCAGUAUAUCUGUAGGUGUGACAAAAACAACAGUAAAGGGACAGUUUUAUAUACGAUGUAAGCAUCACAGACUACACAGCCUUGAAAUCAUUCUCGCGAUAUUAUGAUAUCGUAAGUCGUAUGAUAUUGUACAUAAUGUAAUUUGUUGAUAGGUAUUUACCAUUUGUACCGUAAAUAUCUCUAGCAUGAUAGAAAUUAAUUUUCAAAUAUCAAUAUUGAUUGAUUUUCAUGUCAUUGUUAAAUAAAUGUGUCAAAAAUGAUAUUACAGAAGUACCAAAUAUAAUAGGUACCUUCUGACUACUAGAUAUGAUUCAAGCUUAGUCGGCUUGGACUAUUGAUACAAAGUGAUUACCAAAUUUUUCAUAGAUAAUCCAUGUACAUGUGCUUUGUUACUGCGAUUUAUAUUAUUUCCAAUGUAACGAGUUUAAAGAUUCAAAGGUAGCAGAAAAUUAAUAUCAGCUUGUUAAUUUAUGUCGUAUUUUCAUGCGGCAAUGUCUAUAAUUCUAAGGAAAUGUAUUUUAAUUUGCUUUGCAUCAGAUUUACUUAAGGGGGUAUGGCCAGGAAAUAAUGAAACGAUUGUCAUGAAAAUUGACAUAAAUGAUCUUCGUGUUACCAUUUGCUUUGUUGCAAGAAUUAUUAUGCCUUUCCAUGCUAAUUUUCUCAAUGUCUACAUUUUUGAAGAAAAACAAAACAAAAAAACAAGACAAAACAAGGAAGAAAAACGCCAUUUUUCAGAAAAGGGAUUAUUUCAAAAUGCCACAACUCUCUGCAGAUGUUAGCUGUUUUAGGGAAAAUACUAUUUUAGAUGUGAACUUUACCUACAAUUGUGUAGGAAUUUUAUUUUGGGGACAUUUUCUUUUUCACCGAAAUAUGGAAAUUCGAAUUUUCUUAUUCAGUAAAACUAUUUUGUAAUGAAUGAAAUCAUUCAACCUUUCUUGCAGUUGUAGAUUACCAUCAAUAUUAGAUUACGGAAGAAUAUAAUCAAAGCAGAACAUUAUUAUUUUUUCAUGUAGAGGAAUUAUCUCCCCUUUAUAUUUUUUCACGUUGUUCAAUCGUUUUCCUGGUGUCGCAGACCAACAUGCCUCAUGUUAUUAGCAUAUGUAUCAGUGCUCACAGGGGAGAUGACUCUUAUUAACUCUUCUCAAACGUAGGUCUGACAUUCGAAUAGAAAUCUUUUUUACCGAGUGUUUCAUAUCACAUAAACUCACUCUGAAAUGCAAUUAACGUGAUAUAGAAAUGGUAAAAUUUAUUUUUGUAUCCACAUAUGUCACAUUUUACCACGACCCCGGUAGGGCCAGAAGAAAAGGGUCAUUCCUGCCAUAGAUGCAUGCGUGAUGGGGAAAUCCACAUCCGGGUGAAUUAAGGGUUAGAUGUAUAUCUAUUUAAUAUGUUGUAUAUCUGAUAUAAUUUUAUGCUUAUGAUGAUCAGUAAAAUUAUUAUCAUACCGAAAAUGUUAAGUGUUUUAAGAAGUAUUGAGGAAUUAUUUCCACUUUAUAUGUGUAAGGUUAAAAAGGGCCUAUUAGGCACACUUGCCUUUUCGUUACAAAUUUCUAGGAAAGUUUAGCUUUUACUAAGAAGGUACCUGGUAUCUUGUUGCAUAUGAGUUAUAUCGUAUGUAUUUUGUAGUUUGAAAGUUCAACAGUUGUAUAAGAUUUCUUAAGUUUUGUUCAGAUAUUCAUUAAGACGUUUUGUUAAGGAACGCUAAGAUACACUGUCAUUUGGAAUGACAAAUUCAGAAAGUAAGCAAAUAAGCAAGGUACACCAGACGUUAUAAACAAUUGUUUAUCAUAAAAUUUUACUAUUGUUAUAAAGAAAUUUAUUCUUUUUUAUUCUUUGGACCAUCAUCAGCAUUACAUGACUCCAGACUCCAUUGGUAAUAUUCACUUAUAUUAUUUUAUUCUGUUGUCGAGGAUUCUUUGUAAUGUAAUAAAAUAUUUCCUGUUUUAAAGUCUCGCGGACAUAAGUUAAUUUUUGUAUGUAUAGUAAUGCUAAUUCAUUGAUAUAUAUAUAUAUAUAUAUUUGGUGUGAUUUAUUUCGUAUGCUUUGUGAGAUUUCUAUUUGUAGUCAUUUUCAUAUAACAUAACUUAUUAUGAGCCGGUAUUUUUGCUUCAUUUUUUUAUGUAGAAAAGGACCAUUCAAAUCAAAUUUUGUCAUUUUAUAAAAUCUUACAAAUUACCUUAUUUUCACAUAUUAUAGGCAUAAACCAAUUAUAUUCUUAUUUUAGAACUCAAAUGACCAAUUGACAAAAGUUUGAAUGUAAUAAGGUAUCAAUUAUACAUUUUGUAUAUAAAUCAAACUCUCAAUUUGAAAGGUGCUAAUAUCUCCAUUUGCUGAUAUAUGUUUCUGAGAAACCAAAUAACUCACCUAUUUUCAUUUUUUUCACUUCACAUAAUGAAUCAACAUAUUUCAGCAUUAUCAUCAUCUAGUAUCUUCGCCCAUUACAUAUUCAUUUCAUGCAAGCCAGCACUGUUAAAUGUCACCCCGCUGUUGGAAUAUAUGUCUGUCCAUGAAAUAUCACGGAAGAAAUUUCAGUUUUAUUCAUUAUUAGUUUUAGGUGGAAGUCAAAAGAAUACAGCAAACACCUUUAACCAGAGUCUAAACACGACUAAGAUAUGCAAAUUUAUAUUCAGGAGUUAAAGAGUUUAUAACCGUUGCGUCAUAUAAGCAACAUGUUCUUUAAUUGCCAGAUAGUAUUUUUCCGGAUUUCAUCAAUUCCUAAUUUCAAAUUAUAAUCUUAAAGGUUUAUAUCUGAAAAGAAAAUGUUGCUAUUUAUUAAAUGAUCACCUGGCCGAUGUAUACUAGACUUAGCAAGCCAAGUAGACAUGAAGCAAUAUCGAAUUGGUAUUUUAUCCAAUCAUAAAUCGUAUACGUACCUCAUUUGAAGGUGCUCUCAUAUGACAGGAUAUAAUAUCUGCAUGCACCUUUAAUUGGAUAGAUAAUAAGCUUUAUUUUACAGUUAUUGUGAAAGAAGUUAAUUCAGUUUAAAUUAAUCACCCUUGUUGGCCCGGUUGGAAGCGCACAAGGGAUCUUACUUUUAUUUGUAUUCUUUUUUACGUCUGUCUUACUCGUAAAAUAUAUUGAGCAAGUAGACCUAGGUCUUUUAAUCAAGUUAACUUGGUUCAACAUACGACCACACGGACAGUACUGUUUAAAACUACAUUGUAGAAAUAGGCACAUAUAGUGUUCAAAAUAUGUAUUAAUAUCUCAUGAUUAUUGGAUGAUAUUGUAAAAAUAAAAUUGUAUGUAUUUCUCAUACUACCAAACGUGUUACUGUUAACUAUACACUGUGUAAUUUAUAAUAAAUAUAUGAUAAGUCAGUAGGUUGAACUACUUCUUAUGGUGAUAAUAAAAUGCUUCUAAGUCUUU